AUGGAGGACACCGCCGCCCUUGACACCUACAAAUCAUCGCUCACCCUGGUAGGGGGGGAUAAUAUGAUGGGUUUAACGUCCCGGAGAAAACACGGGCAGCGCCCGUGUUUCAGAAGCCUCCCGAAGGGCAUGGAGACGUGCUACGCUGGAGAGAUUUCUAUGUACACAGAGAGAGAAAACAGAAUCCAGGUGGCAACUCUUGAGAAGACUCAGCUCAUUGCAAAGGAUUUUUCUGAGCUGCGCAUCCACUUCUGGCCCGACGAGAGAGCACUGAAGAAGGUUGUGACAGGAAAAGAGCAGAGAAUGACAGAGAGAGCAAAGAAAAGAAGGAAGAAGAAGCAUUUGAGCCGAUAG